AGCGCUCUGUGACGGCGCGGUUUGAUGACGUCACAGCCAUGAAGGCGGUGAGGCGCCGGCCACCUGGGAGGGUAGUUCUAUGGUGCUGAACCGCCUACAGCAGACCUGAGAGCAGCUUCUGUUGGGUCAGUGCAGCAUGUCUAGACUGGGAACCUUCAGCGGUGCCCGAGCGGGCCUGGGGCUGCUGCUGGGCACCGCCGCUGGCAUUGGGGUGCUCUGCGCCCUGUACAGCCAGCGCUGGAGACGGACUCAGCGGCGGGGCCAGAGGCUGAGCCUGCCCAACUCUCUGGACUACACGCAGACGGCGGAGCCUGGACAUCACGUGAGGCCACUGCGUGCAGUCCCAGGUGAGGCUGGAGAUGCUGUGGUGCUGCCCAGUCUUCCAGGAGAAGGGCAGGAGGAGGUGCUGGCCCGCCUGGACUUUGUGCUAACCAGUCUGGUGGCUCUGCGGCAGGAGGUAGAAGAGUUACGGAGCAGCCUGCAGGCACUUGCUGGGGAUAUUGUUGAGGGGGUUCGAUCUCACAUGGAAGAGAACCAAAGAGCCACUCGACGGAGAAGGUUUCCAUUCACUCGAGAGAGGAGUGACUCCACUGGCUCCAGCUCUGUCUACUUCACAGCUGCCUCAGGAGCCACGUUCACAGAUGCUGAGAGUGAAGGGGGCUACACCACGGCCAAUGCUGAGUCUGACUAUGAGCGGGACUCUGACAGGGAAAGUGAGGAUGGGGAAGACGAAGUGAGCUGCGAGACUGUGAAGAUGGGGAGGAAGGAUUCUCUGGACCUGGAGGUGGAGGUGUUGGGCCUGGCACCUGCUCCAGAAGCUGAAGACUCCCCCGGCCUGGAAGAUGUGCUGCCCCUGCUCCAGCAGGUGGAUGAGCUGCACCAGGGCAGUGAGCAGGACAAGCGGGAAGGCUUCCAGCUGCUGCUCAACAAGAAGCUGGUGUAUGGAGGCCGGCAGGACUUCCUCUGGCGCCUGGCACGGGCCUACAGUGACAUGUGUGAGCUCAGUGAGGAGGCGAGUGAGAAGCAGCUCUAUGCCCAGGAUGGAAAAGAAUCAGCGGAGGCCGCACUGCAGAAGGGAGACAAGGAUGCUGACAUUCACCAGUGGUACGCGGUGCUUUGUGGUCAGCUGGCUGAGCAUGAGGGCAUCCAGAAGCGCAUCCAGAGUGGCUUUAGCUUCAAGGAGCAUGUGGACAAAGCCAUUGCUCUCCAGCCAGGAAACCCCAUGAAUCACUUUCUUCUUGGCAGAUGGUGCUACCAGGUCUCUCACCUAAGCUGGCUAGAGAGAAAAACUGCUACAGCGUUGUUUGAAAGCCCUCUCAGUGCUACUCUGCAGGACGCCCUCCAGAGUUUCCUGAAGGCAGAAGAAUUACAGCCAGGAUUUUCCAAAGCAGGAAGAAUAUAUAUUUCUAAGUGCUACAGAGAACUGGGGAAAAAUGCUGAAGCUAGAGAGUGGAUGAAGUUGGCCCUGGAGCUGCCAAAUGUUACUAAAGAGGAUUUCGCUUUCCAGAAGGACCUGGAAGAAUUGGAAGUAAUGUUAGGAAAAUAAGCACAUUUUAAUGAACUUUGACUUCAGGGAUAGUACUAUUUAAGGGGGGAAAUCAAGUCUCUUCCCUUGGGCCCUCCCAGAUCAGGCAACUGAUCAAGACUGGUUAUAGGAAUAGCCUGAUCCCUUGGCCUGACUAGUACCUGCUGCAAUUUCCCCCAAUUUCUUGCCCUUUAUCCACUGGUUAAUUUAUUCUAGCCCCUUACAUAACCUAAAUUGGGGAAGUAAGUACUUGAGACCUGGGUUUCUGUUUUCUCCCUUACAUACAUUCUUGACCAUCAAGACUAGUAGUGCACUGAGGCUGCUUUCCUUCCCACUGCUGGUAAGGUAGAAGCACAGCAAAGAGCUAUGGGACUAAAACACAGAAUUCACUUCUUUUUCACUGAUUAAAUAUUUAACACCAAAGCAUAUAGUCCUAAAAUCACUUUCUUCCUACUAAGGUAAAGGGGAGGAUGGUCCAGAUACUUUCCUCUUUCCACUAAGUGUAUUCUAACUGAAUUUCUGGGCUGAGAGGCAGGAUCACAUGAUUUCCAGAAUCAUGACAGCUUUUGCAACAGAAGGUGGCAUGAGUUUUAUAAGACUGAAAUGAUAUGAGGAGAUACAUGGAAUAUAUUUUGGUACAAACUUGAAAUAAACCAAAGUGAUUAUAUUCCCCUU